AAAAACAGUUUUUGAAAACCUCAAACUCGUCAAAAUUCCUCCCUAGGUUAGCACUUAGCAAGAAGGCACCUCCAUACCACUCCAAUAUAUUGCUACAAUGGCUACAUCAUCUUCAGUAAAACAAAUCUUGGGCGAUCUAAACAAAGAUUCAUUCGUCAAUCUUUUGGGGAAACUGAUAGGCGAAUCCAAAUAUGUACAGAACAACCCGCCAGAACUUAUUCCGGAGGAAGACAGAAUUGUGAAUCAUGUUCUUGACACCCUUCUUCCUUAUAGCACUACAACUGGGGGUGGACCACUUGUGAUUAAUCAUGUUGCUUAUAAGGCUAAAAGGGGUAAUCUUAUUGUGGAGUAUCCUGGUACUCAACCUGGAAAAGUGCUGUCUUUUGUUGGCAUGCAUAUGGAUGUUGUUACUGCUAAUCCUGCUGACUGGGAAUUUGAUCCCUUUUCAUUGAGCAUCGAUGGUGAUAAACUUCGAGGACGUGGAACUACUGAUUGUUUAGGUCACGUGGCUCUUGUCUCCGAGCUUAUGAAGCGGCUGGGAGAGACAAAGCCACAGUUGAAAUGCACGGUGGUUGCUGUUUUCAUAGCCAGUGAAGAGAAUUCAUCUAUCCCUGGGGUUGGUGUGGAUGCGUUAGUGAAGGACGGACUGCUUGAUAAGUUAAAGCAAGGCCCCCUAUUCUGGAUUGACACAGCAGAUAAACAGCCAUGUAUUGGUACUGGUGGCAGUAUACCGUGGAAACUCCAUGUAACUGGAAAGCUUUUCCACAGUGGUCUUGCCCACAAGGCUAUCAAUCCUCUGGAGCUUGCGAUGGAAGCACUCAAAGAAAUCCAAUCCCGCUUCUAUAGAGAUUUCCCUGCCCAUCCUAAAGAAAAAGUAUAUGAAUUUGCUACACCAUCAACCAUGAAACCAACUCAGUGGUUUUAUCCUGGGGGUGGAAUCAACCAAAUUCCUGCUGAGUGCACUGUUUCUGGAGAUGUUAGGUUGACUCCAUUUUACAGUGUAUCAGAUGCUAUGAAGAAAUUACAAGAAUAUGUUGAUGACUUAAAUGCCAACAUUGAAAAACUUGAUUGUCGAGGCCCUGUUUCAAAAUAUGUCCUGCCAGAUGAGAACUUAAGGGGCAGAAUCACUAUAAGUUUCGACGAAGCUUCAUCUGGAGUUGCUUGUGAUCUCAAUUCUCGGGGAUUUCAUGUACUAUGCAAAGCUACUGAAGAGGAAGUUGGGCAUGUAAAACCAUAUUCUAUAACCGGUACUUUGCCUUUGAUAAGAGAUCUGCAGGACGAAGGUUUUGAUGUUCAAACUUCUGGCUAUGGUUUAAUGGCUACAUACCAUGCAAAGAAUGAAUAUUGUCUACUGUCCGACAUGUGCCAAGGUUAUCGAGUCUUUGCAAGCAUCAUCUCGCAGCUGGAUGAUUGAUCUGAGGUUCGAUACAUCACCAAUUCUGAGUCUGACUGACAAGCAUAAGGUUUAAUAUAUAAUACAUGAAAAAUAGCUCGCUCUGACGAGUUCUGCUAUAGGAAAGCUGGUUCUAUGUUGAAUCUGUGACUAAUCGAAGUAAAUUUUCACUUCUAUUGGAGGUUAAUUCUAGCUUGUUAAAAGUAAA